UGAUAGUAAACACGGAAGUAGCUUCAGUUCCUCGUCAGUCUGGUCUCGUUAGAGUUAGGUCGGUUCCGUUACCGGGUUAGUGUUGGAUCUACCGUCAGCCUGGUUCAGGUCUGGUUCUGUUAACGGUGUGUCGGUUUAAAGCUCCGUUACCGGGUCAGUUUACCGGGUAACCGUCUCCUCAGCGGGUUGUUUCUCCUCCGGUCAGAGUCGGUCAGAGUCGGUUAGAGUCGGUCAGAGUCGGUCAGAGUCGGUCAGAGUCGGUGUGUUAGUGUUAGUGAUAGUGUUGGGUUUCUCUCGGAGCAUCAUGAUGGAUGGAGUUCAUCUCUUCACUUUGAGUCUGAUUCUAGUUUCAACUUUAACUUUAAAGAUCAACAGCAGCUCAACAUCUGGACUGAAGAGAACCAGCAGAGCGAAGGUUCUGGGUUUCGACUGGAAGAACUGUGGGAAGCCAGAUGCUCCAGCUGUUCUGAAGACUCUGACUGUGAGUCCAGACCCGAUCUCCAUCCCAGGAGACCUGAUGGCCUCCGCCUCUGGAUCCACAUCUGUAGAGCUCGCUGCUCCGCUGUCUGUGAAUGUGACCCUGGAGAAGGAGGUGGCAGGUUUCUGGGUGAAGGUGCCGUGUGUGGAGGAGUUGGGCAGCUGUCACUAUCCGGACGCUUGUGAUAUCCUGAACCAGCUGAUCCCUCCGGGUCAGGACUGUCCUGAACCGCUGCACACCUACGGACUGCCCUGCCGCUGCCCCUUCAAAGCUGGCUCGUACUCGCUGCCUCAGUCGGACUUCUACCUGCCCUACAUGGACCUGCCCUACUGGCUGACCAACGGGAACUACCGCGUCCAGGGCGUCCUGGGCAGCCAGGGCAAAGAGCUGGGCUGCCUCAAAGUGGCUCUGUCCCUCCACUCCGACUGAACCGACACCACCGGCAGUCAGGGCGCUUACGCUUCCUGUUUAUUUGUUUAUUUGCACAUAAAAACGAUCAAAAAUUGGGAAACGAAAGCAGAAGUUGCACAAAGUACUGAAAGUGAUAAACCUCACAGGGAUCCGUAACAAAUGUUGAUGUGAGACGAACUAAAUGGCUGCACAGUUCAGUUAGAGGAAGACCAGAAAGAUUUUUGGAAACACAAAUCUAUAAAAUAGUACAAGACCUGAAGGCCAAACUAAUAAUAAUAAUAACAGACUAAAUACAGACCGUACGUUGUUUUUAAAGGUGCUAUAUGAAGCAACAAUACAUCCCCAAAAACCUGAACAACUGACAUCAUGCUGCUGUUUGUUAACAUCCAUUAAAUGAGCCGAUAGGAAGCCACGACCGGCAGCUGUUCUGGUUCUGUUCUGGUUCUGUUCUGGUUCUGUUCUGGUUCUGUUCUGGUUCUGGUGAGUCACAAAGUGAGUUUCAAUCAUCAUCGAUUCAUUUUUAAAGCCUUUAACAUAUGAAUAGAUGUAAAAAAACAACGUAUGAAUGAGAUCUGAUUAUUGAUGAAGCUCAUCACGUCAAACCAACGUAUGAAAGAGAUCUGACGUCAAAGAGUUUGGAUUGGAUUAAUUCAUUUAGAUUAAUGUAAUGGAAGCAGAUGAUGCCUCCUCUGCUGGAUCUGUGUUUUAUGAUGAACCAGUAGUUUAAAGUAAUAAUGCCCUUCAUUCAUUCUCAUGUGCUCUUUCCUCUUCUCUCUCAUGCUGUGUGUGAUUUGGGUUUAAAAAGUGCUUCAUUCAUCGAGUGUUUCUUUUCUAAAUGGGGAUGUUUUAAAUGAAAAAGUGUUUUCAGCUGUUGAGUCGAAGCUCUGCUGGGAAUUAAGCAGCGCUCUUUUUAUCUCACUUGAUUUUGACUUUGAUUGUUAAGAUUUACUCCAUCUGUGUAUUUUUACAAAGUGCCUGAUUAGAUAUUAUUAAGGAGGAAUAAAUGAAUAAGUGAUAUGGAGGAGUUAUAGGUUGAUUUUAAUUAGUUUGUUUUCUACAGUGUUGAUAACAAUGAUGAUGAAUUCUGUUUUUGAAUGAUUCCACACACUGUACAGUUUUUAAUAAACAUUAAACUGCA